CGAAAAGAAAACCACUCGAAGACUGCUGAGAUGGACGAGUCGGAGAAUCGCUACCUCAGAAUGGGCUUCAAAAAACUCGACGAGCUCCUCGUGGCCAGCUACUACAGGCCCUACGAGGCGAAGAGCAUCUCGGAGUCGCGCAGUUCGCGUCUGCGGGCCCGUCGGCUCUACCACAGCGAGGAGCACAACGCCGACAUGCACGUGGAGAUGCUGCGGCUGCUGUCGUGCGCCGUCUGCCAGGCCCCCAGCGAGAGCGAAGAACUGACGCUGGCCUACCGCGACCGCUCGAUCUUGUUGAUGCAUCUGCAGCGCUACAAGGAGGCGUUCAUGGAUCUCGACAAGUUGAUGGAUUUGCCGCUGAGCGACGAGGACGGCGCGUUGACAAUCUGCCGAAAGGUCGAGUGCGAAGCCGAGCUCGGCUUGUGGACGGCCCGAGUCACCUGCCAAGGAAUGCAGUAUCUGUUCGCUACGAAUGACCUGGACGAGCGCAUCACCUACCAGAUUCAGGCGAGGUUGGCUCUGGCCCUGGUGAAACUUCGCAGCGGUCGGAUCCGUGGCUCGGACCGGGACAAGGCCAAAGUCGAUCUACCGAACCCGGACAAAAUCACGAAGCACCAAUCGGACGAGAUCCCGAACGCCAGCAGCUGUCGCGUCAAUCACAAUCCCGCGGCGGGCAGCUAUCGCUACGGUCGACACCUCGUGACGACGCGCAACGUCCUGCCCGGUGACAUUUUUUACUGCGGUCAGGCCUACGUCGUCUUGCCCUCGGAGGCGGCCCAGCAUCUCAACUGCUGGCACUGUCUGCGCUUCGCCUGGCACGGGGUGCCCUGCGAUCACUGCUCCCAGGUCAUCUAUUGCACCUACGAGUGUCGCGAGUCCGCCUGGCAGCUAUUUCAUCGCUUCGAGUGCCCGAUCGUCGGCAGAACCGUUAGAUUCAUCGAUUUGGCGAGAACGAGCAAGCUCAUGGCUCUGAGGAUGCUGAUCAAGGCCAUGCUCGAGGUCGACGGCCAAUUGGAGACGCUCAAGAAGCAUUGCAGAGAGAUCGACAAGCAACGAGAUCGUCGCACGCGCGGAUUCACCGACGGUAUGUUUCUGCCCAAUCAUCGGAGUUGCUACAGCCUGCUCGCCAACGUCGAAGGCCGCGACGACGAGGUGCGCGAAGCCAUCGCAACCGAGACCGCCGCGAUCCUCUACCACAUCGCCAAGUACACCAAUCUGUUUCCCGGCUUCGAGGCUGACAUCAAGAAGCUGCAGCUCAACGAGGACGCCAUGUUCGUGGCGAGGCUGCUGUCGCACUUUCAGCACGUCGUCAAGACCAACGCGACGAUGUACACGGAGACCAAAUUUGCCUCGACGUACAGCUGGGAAUGGCAGAACAACGGCGACGAGGCCGACAGUACAGCUACCUACCUCGACCCGGCUAUGAGCUUGAUCAAUCACAGCUGCUUUCCUAAUGUCGCCAGGUGCGAGACCAAAGAUGGAAAAAAUAUUCUUUACGCUCUUCGACCGAUCGCCGAGGGUGAACAGCUGUUCGAGUGUUACGGACCAACCUAUAGCGAAUGCGAGAAAAAGUACCGAGACAAUCUACUCUCACAGUCGAACUUCACCUGUCGUUGCAUCGCUUGCGAGGACGACUGGCCCAUUUACGCUUACAUGCAACAUUACGGAAUGAGUUACUCGACAAAGUCGCCCGCAGAAAUGAGCGCAACGGAGAACGCCAUGAAGCUGGUAGAUCGUUACUACGACGAUCUCAAAGAGGACGAAUUUGCGCACGAUCCCAGGGCACUGAACGACAUCGCUUACGCAAUCUAUCUCGUGAUCAUGUUUACGGAGCUGCCCAAUUGGCGUCUCGAGUAUCUCAUGGCCACUUUCAUUACGGCUUUCGAUGAGCUUUACAGCUACGUGUUGGAGGUACCGAACACGUGCCACUUGUCGGACAUCAAACCGCGGAUCAAGUUUAUCCCGAGCGACGACGAAGAAGAAGAAGAAGAAGAAGCAGACAUAGAAGACUGA